ACCCAUUUUAUUUCCACUCAUUUUCCCCUUCAUUUUCAUCAUCAUCAUCAUCAACGUUCUCUCUGACUGUGCAGUCUCAGUCUCCAUGGCAACUCAAGGUCAAGUCAUUACUUGCAAAGCUGCGGUGGCCUGGGAACCCAACAAGCCUUUGUCCAUCGAAGACGUUCAGGUGGCUCCACCGCAAGCCGGCGAGGUUCGAGUCAAGAUCCUCUACACUGCUCUCUGUCACACCGAUGCUUACACCUGGAGCGGAAAGGAUCCUGAAGGUCUCUUCCCUUGUAUCCUUGGCCAUGAAGCUGCUGGAAUUGUGGAGAGUGUUGGAGAAGGUGUUACUAAUGUGCAGCCUGGAGAUCAUGUUAUUCCAUGUUACCAGGCUGAAUGUGGUGAGUGCAAGUUCUGCAAAUCUGGAAAAACAAACCUCUGUGGGAAGGUUCGUUCCGCCACUGGAGUUGGAGUGAUGCUUAGUGACCGCAAAAGUCGUUUCUCUAUCAAUGGGAAGACCAUUUAUCAUUUCAUGGGAACUUCCACCUUCAGCCAGUACACUGUUGUUCAUGAUGUAAGUGUAGCUAAGAUUGAUCCAGCUGCUCCUUUGGAUAAAGUUUGUCUUCUUGGUUGCGGUGUUCCAACCGGGCUUGGAGCUGUAUGGAACACUGCAAAAGUUGAACCAGGGUCAAUUGUUGCUGUUUUUGGCCUUGGAACUGUUGGUCUUGCUGUUGCAGAGGGUGCAAAAAGUGCCGGUGCAUCUCGUAUUAUUGGCAUUGAUAUCGAUAGCAAGAAAUUUGAUACAGCGAAGAACUUUGGAGUCACCGAGUUUAUUAAUCCUAAAGAACACGAUAAACCAAUUCAGCAGGUCAUAGUUGAUCUUACAGAUGGCGGAGUUGAUUAUAGCUUUGAGUGCAUUGGGAAUGUCUCCGUCAUGAGAGCUGCUCUGGAAUGCUGCCACAAGGGCUGGGGAACAUCAGUUAUCGUGGGUGUUGCAGCAUCGGGCCAAGAGAUAUCUACCCGCCCUUUCCAAUUGGUGACGGGGCGUGUCUGGAAAGGAACAGCUUUUGGUGGCUUCAAGAGCAGGUCACAAGUGCCUUGGCUUGUGGAGAAGUACUUGAAGAAGGAAAUCAAGGUUGAUGAGUACAUUACCCACAAUCUGACGCUUGGCGAGAUCAACAAGGCUUUCGAUCUUAUGCACGAAGGAGGAUGUCUCCGUUGUGUUCUUUCAACAGAUGCAUGAGAUGAUCCAAGAUUCUAGGUGCCCAUUUGUUCUUCCUUCAUGUGGUGGUUGUCCGGUUAAAUGAAUCUUCUUUUUUAGUAUCUUAAUUUGUAACGAUGGCUUAUAAUAUGAAUGGUUACCUUUCUUUUGCAAAACAUGUAAUGCCAUGGGUCUACUAUUAACUCUUCCAUUUUA